AUGGGCCAAGUUCUAGAAGCUUCUCGCGAGGAUCCUAACGAGACGCCCGUCUUGGAACCCAACAUCUCUGAAAGCAAGCUCAAGCGCCUAUACGUUGAAAUGGCACGCAACGGAUUAUACCACGUGAUGGAACGGCCUCUCACUCUUAACAUGAGCAACAUGGUUCAGCUUUCCAAUAUUCCAAAAUCGAUCUUUCCGCCUAAGGGCACCACAUAUCAGACCGCUGGUGAGUGGUACACGAUAUUGGCUGAAAUGCAAAUCGCAACUCUCCUCUUCCAGCAUAACGAUAUAGUAUCGUCGGAAGAUGACUGCAGGACUAAAUAUGUCGCUCGCCAACUAUUUCGCAGAUUAGCCAAGCAAGGCCGACUAUCGAGUUUUGGAUUUGCUGAGGAUAAAUGUUCGGGCUCUUUCCGUCUAUGGUCCGAUGAUUUUAGGCCGGCCAAUAUUCUCGUCGAUGAGAACGACCGUAUUCUUGGGGCUAUCGAUUGGGAAUAUGCAUACGUCGGGCCAACACAAUUUGUCCUUGACCCGCCUUGGUGGUUACUACUUGAUGUGCCAGAGAUGUGGGACGAUGGCAUUGACAACUGGACCAGUGUCUACGAAAGACGGCUUCAGACCUGGCUCUCAGCCAUAGAAGAGGCAGAGCAAGAUAUAAACCCCGGCUCUUUAAUGCUCGCGGCGUACAUGCGAGAGAGCUGGGUGACGGGCCGCUUCUGGCUCAACUAUGCUGCUAGAAAGAGCUGGGCUUUUGAUACCGUCUACUGGAAGUACUUGGACGAGAGGUUCUUUGCGAAGAGAGAUUACAUGGAAGACAGGAUGGAUUGCAUUGAUGAUGAGGACGUGCCAGCACGAUAG